AUGAAGAGAAGAUCUUUGUCGACGAAAAGAACCCAGUUUUCUGAAUCAUCUAUCAAGUACCGUCGAAUUACGGAAGAAAACUGCCGUAGUGCGAAAAUAAUUGAAAACGAACGCAGAUUGAGUGACAAUCCAUUACUUCCUUCGAAGUCUUCUACUGGUGCACCAGAUGUUUGUACUUAUAACGAUCCAUCAAACUUUCUUAGCUGCGGUUGUCUUGGCUCACCACGAGAGGUUUGGCACGUCCUUUGCGAUUCGCAGAAUAGAAUUGAUGAAAGAAGGGCAGGGGAAUGCAAGAGAACGGAGGUUAAAGGAAUUCAUCUCCGAAUUACUACGCUCCUAGUAAUGAUGCAACUAUGCGAAUAUAUGGAAUGUCGUCGUGAAACAUACCAUCGUGCCAUGGAUUUAUUUGAUCGUUUAAUGGCUGUGUUUGAUUUUGAAAAUAUGGAUAAAGGAGAAAUAAUUUUCACAGGGAUCUUUGUCGUCUUUAUCGCUUCUAAGAUAGAGGAACGGCGAAAAAACCACUGGAGAAUUAUAGCGGAUUACAUACGUCAAGUUUCUCCAUGUGGUCGCUUGGAAACAGAAAAUAUCUUCGAAAUGGAAAUGAAAAUAAUUGCUGGCCUCCAUUGGUCAUUAAGAACUGUAACUGCCUUAGAAUGGGCUAAAAUAUAUAUGCAUAUGACGCGAGUUUACACCAUAUACAAGCGAAUUCGUAAUCUGUCCCUGGCGCAUCAGUCAACACCAACAAGAAAACGAACAAGAAUAACAUUAGGAGUAUCUGACGAUGAAGAAGUGGACUUGUUCACAUGGGCACAGCUGGACGACCUCGUCAUAGGCGAACCGUCAUUUUCGGGAGAUUGGAAUAAUCGAAUUGCCAUCGCACAGGUUCUGGAUCUUUGUACACUAGAUCUUUACAGUUUUAAUUUCACAUACCGUCAACUUGGAGCAGCAGCUUGUGUCUCAGUGUUGGGUUUGAACUACGAAAUAGCCGUAAGGAUUACAGGCUUCGAAAAGAACGAUCUAUAUCCAGCAGUAGACUUCGUCAAUUCAUAUCGACGAAUCUACAUGAAACAUGUCCACAAGGAAGGCGUCAAUUUAGCUAUCAUUCGGGAGGAUGAUUCACUGCAUAGUUUGGAAGAGUCAGAAGAAGACGAGGAAAUUGAGGUGAUGAAAAAGCAAGAUGAGGCACCCAGAAUCCUGGAAUCCACACAAAACGUUAAAAAUAGGCCAAUAAAAAUGUUGAGAGCUAAAAUAAUGUUCUCGCCUCCGAAGUCAUUUCCAAAAAAUAAACCUAGUCAUGAAACUCUCCAAACAUCUGGAGUCACCAAUGAAAUGUUGACAAAAAAAAAACGACUUCCCACCACAUCAUCUCCAGUAACAGUAAACACAUUUUCGCACCCUCCACCACCAAAAACACAAGCACUUCCUCUACAGGUGCCGAUUGAUGAUGCUACAAGCGCCACAAACAAAGCGACAGGUAGAUGUACAGAAAUCAUCGAGAUGGAGUGUGAAUGUGGGUGCGGGAAACGUGACAUAAUUGACGACAAGCUUGAACUGAAGAAAAUGAUUAAUUCACUUUCACAUCAAAAGGGAAAAGGGAAAACCGUAGCAAAAUUAUUUAUAUCCAGACGUAAUCAACAGGGAGAAACAAAAAGAUGCCGUGAGAUCGCUGUCCCUCAUCCGAUCGAAGUUAUGGAGAAGCAAAUGAGAAAAUUCUAUACGCAAUCUUUUCCUCUUGCAGCACAAAUGAUGCACCGCAUCACAGAGCGUUUACAACAGUUUUGGCUGAUGUACGAAAAUCGCCAGCCGUGCAGACGUCGACAUUCUCAUUCAGUAUGGCAGAAUAGACGUACGGAUGUAAAUCAGCAAAGACGAGAGUCCAGAUAA